GGCCUGGGUACACCUCAAAACGACAGCGUGUUGGCUCAAUAUCUCUACAAUUAGGGUUUUAUCGUCCUCGGUGUCGGUGACCAGAACCAUAACUCUCUUCCUUGUUCUCGUUCUCGUUCGGCGGCGUUAGAGGGGAAGGCAGAGGCAGUUUGAAGCGAAGGGAACUUCCACUUGCCGUUCAAAUUUUCCUCUGCUGGCAAGAAUGGUUGCGUACAGGUACCACCAGUACCAGGUCGUUGGGCGAGCUCUGCCGACGGAGAGCGAUGAGCACCCGAAGAUUUAUAGGAUGAAGCUCUGGAAUACGAAUGAGGUUCGCGCCAAGUCCAAGUUCUGGUACUUCCUGAGGAAGCUGAAGAAGGUCAAGAAAAGCAACGGGCAGAUUCUUGCUAUCAACGAGAUCUUCGAGAAGAAUCCCACAAAGAUCAACAACUAUGGCAUUUGGCUUCGCUACCAGAGCAGGACAGGUUACCACAACAUGUACAAGGAAUUCCGUGACACCACUCUGAAUGGUGCUGUGGAACAGAUGUACAGCGAGAUGGCUUCUCGCCACAGGGUCAGAUCUCCUUGCAUCCAGAUCAUCAAGACCGCAACCAUCCCCGCUAAGCUCUGCAAGAGGGAGAGCACCAAGCAGUUCCACAACUCCAAGAUCAAGUUCCCAUUGGUGUUCAAGAAGGUUCGACCACCAACCAGAAAGCUGAAGACCACAUACAAAGCAUCCAGGCCCAACUUAUUUGUCUAAGCCUCUUAGUAGGGUACUGAAAGUAGAGGGUUAAAAGAUAUCUCGUGGAAGACAUAGUUUUUGAGUUUGCUUAUGGAACUUCUUUUGUCGUUGGAGUCUAGGUACUAUAUUAUGAGAAGCUGUUUUUUUUUUUUUUUUUUUGGGUAACUGAUAUUUUAUAUAUCCAUUGGUUUGUGUAUUUUGAUAUAUGAUAUUCAUUUGCGUAAGAUCUAUAUGCAAUUAUUCAAUCCCAGCAAGAUUAUAUUCAUACUUCAUUGGCAUCAUGGCAUCGUUUUCAUUUUGGUUCAUAGUGAAUUCUUUGGUCGAUGUGAAAAUUCUUACUCUAUGCUGUAUUACAUUUCCAGCAUAGUCUGGAUUCAAAUAAUGUAUUGG